CAGACAGGUAGGACCUGGGGCAAAUAUGAUAAUAUUUUGGCAGGGGGGUAAUAAUUCUACUCGGCUUGCAUGACAGGUGUGCAGCCGGGGAUGGUGGUAAAUACUGCAUUGUUGUGAAACGCUGAGAAAUGCAUGCACCUGUGGUGCACAUCUGCCAGACGUGGUCCGAUUCAGAACACGCAAACAAUUCCGGCGGUUGUUGCAAAGUUAGACGUGAUGAAAGAAGGUAUACUGCACAAAUAUUUGACUUUGUGUUCAAGACGUGACACGUCUGAUAUGGAAGGGGUGAAAAAUGCACAUUUCUUUCUGGACUGAGCUCGCGACAGAGCAGCUGUGGGAUCCCCCUCUGGCGUGUGCUGUUGAUUUUUGAACAGUGAGCAAGCAGAACAGCAGUUUGCCAGACACCGUCUAAAGCAGCCUCAGAAAAAAAAAAAAAUAAAAAAAAAAUCAGUUUGACUUGUGUCUACGUUUUAAUGCAAGUCACGCAUAAUGAAAAAUAGUGUACCUCUAAGCACACUUUGAAAAUCACUUGUGUAGGCAACGCUCAUCAGGAACAUUUUAUUAUUAACUGUCAUAUAAGUGCAGACUAAACAUUUUCACCUGUAUAAUUUGCAUUUUCUCCCCAAAAUUUGUCAAUAGUGCGCAUUAUUCAUAGGUACACUUUCAUUCCAAUAUGCCACCACCACCUAGAGGUUACUAUAAAGGGGUAAGAUUACACUUUCAUUCCAAUAUGACCACAGUACGUAUGACUGCAUAUGUACACAGUUGUGAUCAUGAGUUUGUAUACAUUUGCAUAAUUUGUAAAAUUCAUCCAUCCAUUUUCUUCUCCGCUUAUCCUCACUAGCGUCGCGGGGAGUCCUGGAGCCUAUCCCAGCUGUCAACGGGCAGCAGGCAGGGUACACCCUGAACUGGUUGUCAGCCAAUCGCAGGGCACAUGGAGACAAACAGCCGCACCCACAAUCACACCUACGGGCAAUUUAGAGUGUCCAAUUUGUAAAAUGUAUAAAAAAAAAAGACUGGUGACUGAACAACAACCACCAUUCAUUUCUUUACAGUUAUGUUUUGUUUAAUGAUAAUGUUUUUUAAAAAGGCUUGACAGUUCAAUUUCAAUCCCAUCAAAAUAAAAAAUGUUUUGCUUUGGCCUUUAUAUAUUUUAAAAAUAAUUGUACCCAUCUUAGAAAUUCUACCCGGGUAAUCAAACAUAUGAACACAAUAGUGUUUCUUUUUUAAAUUAUUAAAAAAAAGGUAGGGCUGUGAAUUUCAAAAUAAGUAAAUUAAAAAAGGUAUUACGUGUUCAAAUAAAGCCCUUAACUUCAGAAUUAUUUGGAAAAAAAGCUCACAAAAUACAGAUAGUACCUAAUGUUUUGAUGAUGUGGGGAGAAGCAAAAUCAUGUACAGUAAAAAUGCUUUAUACAUGGGUAGAAGUCUUUACCAGCAUUUUGAUGUCAACUUCAGGGGUGCGUACUAUAAAUGCCUGCGCAUUAUACAUGAGAAAUUAUAGUACUCACCGACUGAUGGGUCGUGAUGAAAGUGAAGUGGAAAGGUUGGAUUACUGAAGGAGAGCUGACGUCUUAACAUUUCUUAACUAACAAGAUGACGCUAAAUAGUAAAACUGGGACAGUAAAUCAUGUACUUACACAUUAAAUUGAUGACGUCGUGACGAAAGUGCAGAGAUAUUGCUACUUGUGUCUCAUAACACUAAAACUGAAGCUUACGCUCUUCCGUAGUUGUACUGAGCAACUACGACAUUCUAACGCUGAAACCACUUCCAUUUGGACCUCUGUGGUGGUCCCACUCUUCAUCUUUUCCACCACAAAAAAAGAAUACUAAAGGAAAAGAACGCAAAACUAAUUGUAGAUUUAUUGCUUAAACGGCUUAAGUCUUGUGUAAUAUGUCAAAGUUGACCGCAGAGUAUUAAAGCCCAUUUUUCCUGGUAAUCGUACAAAGGGGCAUUCAACUGUAGUCGUUUUUUUUUCUUCUUCUUCCAUUUCUUGGGAAAGAUCACGAGACAAAGUCGUUAUAUCCCCUACAUUUUAAAAAUGUAGAGUAUGUGACAAUGUUAUCUAUUUUAUUAGAUUUCCUCAACUGUCAAGCAUCAAAUGAGAAGCUUCAGGGGCGCACAAAGUGAUUAGAGGUCAAUUAUUUUAGCUCGCUGUCUGAUGGCAGUGGAUGAACGAGAACUAUUAGAAACCUACACAAAAACACGAGGAAGCCUCGAUGAGUAAGUCAACAAAGUGGAAUCUGAAGGAGUUCUCUCUUUGCAAUGAACAGAUGAGUAAAAUUGACAAACCACGGAGUCUGGAGUACAAUCUACCGCUUUCUAUGAGUCAAUCAUUAAAGGCAAUAACUCACUACCAAAGACUUUUGCACUCUGAAUCUUUUUGGAGGCGGCACAGCAGAAGACCAGCGGCCAGUCCAAAGGGACUUACUGCUUUUUACCCAAAGACUGCUGGCAUAGGCCCCACUUCAACCAGACCACGUGGCUUCCACUAAGUAAGUUUCUUUCGGCUUGUCCCGUUAGGGGUCGCCACAGCAUAAAAUCUCACAUGAACACUCAUAUUUGUUUGGCACAGUUUUUACGCCGGAUGCCGUUCCUGAUGCAACGCCUCUUGGGGAGUAGAGGAAGUUAUGACCCCCUGGUUCACCAAACCAAUCCUCUAACCAAUGAGCUAUGGACCCUUUAGACCAUGUAUCUUCCACUAAUGUUACGAAUUUUCCAUGUGACAAGUCGUUGCUUGGUCGAUUAUUAUUUUUUUUUGUUGUUGCUAUUUUGUCAGGAGCUACAAAACCCAAAUGAAAUCAUUUCCCACAGCGCACCUGCUGAUCUCUCACGGCAAAUUAACGGCUGUAUGGAGCACGUCUCUUUUCCACCGCUCUCUCGCUUCGCCGUUUGUGGCGGGACGCACGGCAACGAGAUGACGGGGGUGUACGUGGUGCGAGAAAUGAAGAAAAAGAACGUAGAUAAGGUCGGCCGCGUGUCCGUCAUGACAGUCCUUUCAAAUCCAGAGGCUGUUCAUCUGUGCAGACGGUACGUGGAAACAGAUCUCAACCGUUGCUUCACAGAUGCUUUGCUGAGCGCGCCACUAACGGCCUCCUCGCCGCACGAGAUGAAGCGAGCUCACGAGCUGAACGCUCUGCUCGGGCCCAAGGGAAGCCAGCAGGCCGUCAACUUGCUGUGCGACAUCCACAACACCACCGCCAACAUGGGCGUAUGCUUCAUCUUUUACCACUUUGAUUGGCUCGCCCUGCACAUUUAUAGAUAUGUACAGAGUAAAAUCUCAUUUGGGCCCGUCAGAGCGAUCCAGUUUCACACACCGCUCCCCGAGGCCUACUCACUUGAAUCUGUGUCCCAAAACGGCUUUGCGUUAGAGGUUGGACCUCAACCCACUGGAGUGGUCAGAGCAGACAUUUACAACAUGACGACGGAAACGCUGGAUCUCAUCAUGGAGUGGAUUGAAAAAUUCAAUUCCGGAACUGUGUUCGAGGGCGGAGAUGUGGAGGCCUUCUCCCAGACCCGUGCCCUCGACUACCCGAGAGAUCCGACCACAGACGAGAUCACGGCUGCUAUUCAUCCCCAGUUGCAGGACAACGACUUCAAGCUUCUACGUGCCGGUGACCCCAUUUUCCAGUCCUUCACCGGGGAAGCGGUGAAGUACGAGGGCGAGGAGGCCUACCCUUUCUUUGUCAACGAGUGUGCCUACUACGAGAAGAAGGUCGCCUUCCAAUUAGCUCAGAAGAUCACUAUUAGGCUCCCAUCCAUCAGCGUAAAGAACUGAGUGUCCAUGAGGCACUUUAAACGGUAACUGCAAAAUACAUGUCAAGGAGGUAGUGGCGAGAACUCGAAGAACCAAGGCGAACUCUCAAGCUAAUCCUGUCAUGUUGCAGUUCCAACUUGGGUGUGGUGCAUGAUUUGGGAGUCGCGUUAAACAAACACUCACACCCACCAGUUGCCGCUCUAAUCGCUUACAACAACAGUGCAAGUUUCAGCUCACUUACUCACUGGCUCGUUUCUUGUGGAGCAUAAGGAUUUUACAACAAUAUAUGAUUUUCGGCCCUGCCCAAAUUCCAAACAGAUCGGGGAAGGGGAAAAUCACUUGAACACAACCCAAACCCGCAUGCUCACGACAAUCAUUCAAUCGUGUAACAAUCAGGGUCUAGCUGACUGAUCACAAGGGGGGAAAAUGCUCAAUAUCAGUCUGAUUCGUAUUAAUACACGAGUGUGUGUGUACCUUGGACGGGUAUUUGUAGGUCACUUGCAAAUUUACCAUCUUCACAGUCGUAUCAGAGGUAUAAAAGGGGCAGGUGUUGAGAAGCAAUUUAUCGUGGUGUUAAAUUUUUAACACCAGAGAUUCACGACUGAUGGUCCUUUGUGCUGAAAGCAAUUAGCGGCAUCAAGGUCGCUCCAUCAAAUUAUCUGUAUUUGCAAAGGUACCGACUACAUAAAGUGAAUGUCCCACUUGGAGGAUUGCUGCACAGGUAAAAACAGAAGAAAAAAAUUGUACCUCUCUGAAAACUGAGUAUCACAUAUGGCAAAUUGGCCCAUAUAACGACGUUUUGCCGAAAACAUAACCAGACACACUACACACUCCGUUAAAAGUCGAGUCGUUAGGAACUGUUCGGAUGUGGGCGAACAUUUGACAUUUCUCGAAUGGUGGAAGACGACAAACAUUCGUCUGUCGCGUGCCAUUCUAAUACCUCGACAAGCCCGACAUGUUGGAAAAUCGGCACAUAAAAGCUACGCUCCAUAAUUAAAAAAAAGAUGACGACUCAAUGAACGCGGGCACAACAAAUGCACGUUUUAGUUCCACUUGCGACCGACCGCUUCACUCCUGAGGGAAGCUCAUUUGAAACACAUUCAUACUUCCACUACUUUUCAUUUACACCUGCUGUUUUGCCUAUUUAAUUCACUCCAGAAACUUGAACUGCAUAUUGGUCCCAUUUUCAUCUAUUAUUUUAUUUUUUCCUGCACUCGAACACCUCAAAGGGCUAGUGUUUUUCCAUUUCAAAAUUGUGAAGCUAUCCCAGGUAAUUGAUUACACCCUGAGCCUUAACACCAGGAACUUGAAUCAAAACACUGGAUGAAGUUUUUCCAAUGCUACUUAAAUUUCACCAGAAAUGAUUAGCCAUAGAAAUGUCUUUUGAUCUGUUUUUCUUCAAGGUGAAAUGUACUUUUAGAUCUUAAAUUCUAAGUGAUUUAAAUCAAAAUAUCUAAAAAUUUACAAUCAUUGAAUGAUUUGUGACAAUUUUCUAGGGGGUGUGACACAAACUAUCAAAUUAAUCAGGAAUCUUUUUUUUAGCAGAAUAUAGUAUUUUCAAACACAAUUUAAUAAAAUACUGACA